GGUUAGGUCUGGAACCACUAACCCGGUUGUACACUUGUCACCAUGGUUGAGACCCGUAGUGGGUUAGUCACGAGCCCCUAUAGCAAAGAGCAGCAAGAAGAGAUGGCGGCCUUAGUCAAAGAGAAUAUGGAGAGGAAAGAGCGUGAGAAGCAGGUGAAGCUAAAGGCUAUUGCAGAUGAGCGGGCGGCGAAGAUGAAGGAAGUGGAGGAGGAGAUGAAGAAAAAGGAGAAGGCUGCUGAAGAAGAAGCGGCAGCAGAAGAAGAAAAGGAAAGAAUGAGGAUUGAGAGCAGGGAGGGGAGUAGUGGCACGAAGAAGGACACAAACGCUGAGAUUGAGAAGAAGAUCAGCAAGUGGGUUGCUAACUUAUCGUUGGGAGAAGAUGAAGAGGCGGAGUCAUAUGUAACUGAAGAUGAGAAGGCCGCAUUGGCCGCUGAGCUAGCAGCCAUGACGGAUCCUAUGGAACGAAGAGAGAGGGAAGACGAGCAGAAGUUGCAAUGGAAGUUGAGAAUGAAGAGGGAGAAGAGGAGGAGGAGAGAAGAAGUGAAUAAGAUGACCGCAGCAGUGGCAAAGGUGCAGGAGUGUAGAGCGGAGGUGUUGGCCCAGCCAAUUGAUAAGGCCAAGCGGGAUAAGGUGGAGAAGCAAGGUGCUCAUUUUUAUGAUGUUGCUGUCACUCCAGAGCAGGCAAAGGGAGGCAUUGCUGUCCGUGUGGUCUCAUCCACAGCCAGUAAGUUUAAGCUCUUGUACUUCGAACAAGAUGCGAGUGGCGGUUUGUCUCUGGCCUUGCAGGAAGACUCGGCUAAGUGUGGCAAACUGACAGCUGCUGGGCUUUACUUUUUGAAUUUCCAAGUUUAUCGGCUUGAUCCUUUAGUAAAUGCGAUGGCGGUUGUGAAGGACCCAGAAUCUGCACUGUUCAAACGAUUGGACGGCUUACAGCCAACAGAAAUGAUAUCUCUGCAAGGGGGCAAUCACAUAUUUGCAGUUUAUGGUACCUCGAAGACGAAGCUGGAGCAACGGCACUGCAGGUUGGACUUCACGCAGAGCACUUUGGACCAGAUCCUGGACAUCCUAACAAGGCCAGGAUUUAUGCCACCAGCACAAUCGCCAUUGCCGUUAUCGGCGAUGUCAGGCCCUUUUCCAGUUCAAGCUGGUUCACAACCAAGUGAUUUCCUUGCGAUUGCYCUGCAGCUUGAUGUUGAUCUSGCUAAUCUCGCUGAUCCCCCCGACCUACAGCCAGAGCAUCGUAAUUACACCAGGGAAGGAGGUUUUACCAUUGCUGUCCUAGAAAUAGCGAUGAGGAACUGCAAGCUUGAACUACGCCAUGCUCUACCAGUGCCACGCCAGCAACAGUGCCACGUUAGCUGUGCCACAUCAGCCACAGUGCCACAUCAGCAGUGCCACCUCAGCAGUGCCACGUUAGCCACAGUGCCACGUCAGCAGUGCCAUGUCAGCAGUGCCACGUUAGCCACAGUGCCACGUCAGCAGCAGUGCCACGACAACAGUGCCACAUCAGCAGUGCCACGUCAGCAGUGCCCCGCCACCAUGACGGGCGCAGCUCUGGGCAUGCCAGGCCAACUGGCCAACGAGUCUAUUGCCGACUACAAACAGCGGUUCCAGACUCAGCUCGCAUUGAUCGAGGCUGAGGAACAGCGCCAGCUGGCAGCCGAGGCUGCCCGCCUACAGGCUGAAGCAGCGGCAACAGCUGAGAAGCAGCGGCUACAGGCCGAAGCAGACGCAGAUACCCAGGUACGUCGCAAGGAAGCCCAGGGUCUGCUGCAGUGGCAUGAAGCCGCCAGCAUCGAAAGACUCAAGUUCUGGCACUUUCAACCGUCCAAUGGCGACAACGCGACACCGGAGGAGCAGCACAAGGAGUUCCUCUCCAAACUCGUGACACGGUUGUUAUACGCUUGCAACUAUCAACAGUCCGAGUUAGAGAGACAGAACCAGGAACUGCAGCAACAGUACCAGGAUCUGAAGAAACAACACCAGGAGUUGGCGAACCUCCGCCGGACAGUGCAGAGCCACGAGGAUGCUACACGGGCACUCAAUUCCCGUGUACUUGACCUGGAGCAAGCUAUACCAGGACCAGAUGCUGGUGUGUCCAGCAGUGCACCCUCUAACUGCCAACUGGAGGAACGCGUCGACCACGUCGUCGCAAUGCUCGGCGACAUCAGCACCUUCGCUGAGCCGACCACUAUCAGCAAUCAGCUGGAUACCUUGAAGACCGAGGUCCAGCAACUGCAGUUGCCUAACAAGAAUGGCAACAGCACACAACAUUACAAGAUGCCAACUUUUCAAAUUGAGAAGUUCGAUGACUACACGCAUCAGGACCCGGUCCUCUGGUGGGAAGGUUUCACGACGCAACUUCGGAUUCUGCAAGUCGCCAAGCACGCGUACGUCGGCGCCCUGUUUCUUAACCCAAAGGGCGGAUGUCAGAUCUGGUUAAGCCACCUGGCAUCCACCCACGGCGUCGACGUCGCGGAUCUGAAAGACAAGAUCUCAUGGGAAGAGUUAACACGCCUAUGGAAGAAGCGGUUCAUCGUGGACUGCGCACCUGCACUCGCCAUCAACCGUCUCUUCGCCAUGAUGCAAGGCAACACAGCAACACGUGACUGGCUCACGGAAUGGCAGAAGAUCGCGGCAACACCCGAUCUGGACUUACCAUUUCCGCAUCUGCGCAGCGAUGACUAUAACAGGUCAUGUGCUGCAUUGAACCUCGCACUUGGUGAUCGCGAGCAACAUGCAACCUUCGCUGAAAUCAUUGACAAGGCGAGGGAGAUCAUCAAGACCAAUAGGGCGGCUGCACACGAGAAGUCAACGUGGCAGCCAACCUAUGUGGAGAAGGUGAGAACUGGUCCGCGGCAGCAGCAGUUGGCUGCAGUCCAAUCGGACAACACUAUGGAAGACCCGGCAGCCACCCAAGCGUCACGUGAGGGAGAUCAGGUGGCUGCUGUCCAGCCGCGAAGCAGCAACAAGUCCCGAAGUAAUGGGAAGGCGAAAUCAGCAUCGCAGGCCGGAAACGGACAACCAGCACCACCAUGGGUCAAGUUCAACUUGACCGAGGCCGAGUACAAGUAUCGCGGCCGUGAGGCGACUCCGCCCCCCACUCCGCCAGAUUCGGCCGCCUUGCUAGCGGCCUCCUACACAUUUGGGGAGGAUGCGAAUGUCGUAAGUUCUCGGUAUGCUUACGAGGACUAUGCUAUCCAGUUGGUCCCACCGCUGGACCAACCGCUCCACGUGCAACAAUCUACCGCAUGCACGGUUUCAUCACCAUCGGCAACCGAUUCGGCAGCUUCGCCGCCAUCUACCGCCGGGGAUUCAACGUCAUGGUCAAGACUUGAAGAGCUCGACCUGUUGACAUUUGCGGACUUCCAAUGGAUGCCCCUUCCCCGGUCCGGUCGAUUGCCAAAAUCGCAUUGCAACCUGCUCAAGGCACAAUUGCGGGAUUACUUGCACACUGCAGUACCGACUCCGUUGAUGGACGCCGGAGUAGAGGUUGUCGACCUUCACGCCUAUAUUGCAAAGAUCGACCGCGAGUUCAAGACGCAACGGACUUCAUGGUUCGCACACGUCCGGAGGAAGUCCCAGCCCACGCAAUUCACGUUGGCAGACGGUCACACGCAUAAGUCAAUCGACUGGUGCAUUGAUGACGUCCCAGUGUACUUUGCCCCUCACGCAAGUGAGGCGGUGUCCUUUGACAUUCUGGACACCAAAUUCGACAUGAUCUUGGGCAUGUCAUGGCUGCGAAGCGAGGACCACCCGGUGAACUUCUACCGCCGCACAGUUCACGUUCGUGAUCGGAACGGAGUACUAGUCCCAUGCACGGUGGCUCCUCCUCACCCUUCUAUCAGCUGCCACGUGGUAUCCGCCGCAAGCAUGCGAGCUUCCAUCAUCAGAGACGACAUCGAGGACAUGGGGGUGUGUUUUCUCCACACCCUCCCGUCCCAUGACGCUUCACCGACGGACUCAUCUUCGGAUCCACGCAUCACCGAGCUUCUCGACGCCUACGGCGACGUGUUCGAAGGUCCGCACGGAGUAGUACCGGAUCGGCCCAUCCGCCACGAGAUCAUCCUCGAGGACGGGGCCGUACCUCCGCGCGGUUGUGUGCUUCGGGCACAACUCGACGACCUUCUGGAGAAAGGUUGGAUUCGGCCUAGCUCAUCGCCAUACGGUGCUCCUGUUCUCUUCGUCCGGAAGAAGAACAAGGAUAUGCGGUUGUGCAUCGAUUAUCACAAGCUCAACGCGCAGACGAUAAAAAACGCCGGCCCUCUCCCACGCAUCGACGACCUUCUCGAACGACUGGGCGGCGCCAAGUUCUUCUCCAAACUUGACCUCAAGUCGGGAUAUCACCAACUCGAGAUUCGCAAGGAGGACCGCUACAAGACCGCGUUCAAGACGCGAUAUGGGCAUUUCGAAUGGCUGGUUAUGCCAUUUGGCCUUACGAAUGCCCCGGCCACUUUCCAAGCGGCUAUGACAACGGAGUUCCGACACAUGCUGGAUCGAUUCGUACUUAUCUACCUCAACGACAUCCUGGUGUACAACCGGAGUUUGGGCGAGCAUGUGGAACACCUGCGCACCGUUUUGGAGCGGCUACGACAAGCCAAGUACAAAGCCAACCGUGACAAGUGCGAAUUCGCGAGGCAGGAGCUGGAGUACCUGGGACAUUAUGUGACGCCGCAAGGCAUCCGUCCGCUUGCGGACAAGAUCGAGGCCCUACGAGUAUGGCCCGAGCCCAACAGCACCACGAACGUUCGUUCAUUCAUGGGAUUGGCGGGCUACUAUCAGCGAUUCAUCACCGGAUACUCAAGGAUUGCUGCACCUAUGACGAGAUUACAAUCGCUGAAGGUGCCAUUCGUAUUCGAUGACGACGCACGCCGGUCAUUCCAAGCACUCAAGACGGCCAUGCUCAUGGCACCCGUCCUUAGCAUCUAUGACCCCAUCCUGCCGACGAGAGUGACUACGGACGCUUCCGGCUAUGGCAUUGGGGCAGUCUUGGAACAGCACGACGGCGACAACUGGCACCCUGUAGAGUAUUUCAACCACAAAGUGCCUCCCAUCAACUCGCUUGAUGAUGCAAGGAAGAAGGAGCUGCUCGCAUUCGUGAUGGCUCUCAAGCGAUGGCGGAACUUCCUCCUUGGGCGUCGUAGGUUCACAUGGGUUACGGACAACAACCCACUGACUUACUACAAGACUCAGGAUACGGAGUCCGGCACGAAGAUGAAACCAAGUUCGGCUCGGCAUCCACAGACGGACGGGCAAACGGAGCAGGCACAUCAAACCGCUCAAAUGAUGCUUCGUAAGCUCAUCCGUCCGGACCAGAAAGAUUGGGUUGACCGCCUCCCCAACAUCGAGUUCGCCUACAACACUUCGGCGCACCCGGCGAUCGGCGUGACUCCAUUCGAGUUGCACCACGGUGGACGGAAAGGCGGUAUCUUCGCUGACCUUCUCCUCCCACGACCAGCCGACAUCGAUGCCGCUUGCUCUCCCGCUUCCGUCCGGAAGUACAGGGAAUUGCUGGCUCAAGCCCUAGCGAAUAUGCAAAAGGCUCAAGUCCGCAUGCAGCAGCAAGCCAACAGGCAUCGCGUGCCAUGUCCCAUCCGCGUCGGCGACCUGGUUUGGGUUUCCGCGGAAGAGUUUGCACUGGAACAGGAUGUCUCACGCAAACUGCUUCCCAAGUGGUUUGGACCAUGGCCCGCAACAUCAGCCGCAAGCGAUGAGCCCGAUGGCCCUUCAUUUGUGAUCAACAUCCCCCCGCAUAUGACGGUCCAUCCAGUCUUUCACGCCUCAAAGCUGGCAACAUACACGCCAGCUAAGAGCGAUGACUUUCCGGGCAUACGAUCGCAGGACCCUCCUUCCAUGGAUGGUCAUCAGGAAGUUGACCACGUCAUCACCGAUCGCAAGUACGGCAGCAAGCCGCGACAGUACAAAGUUACAUUCAAAGCAUGUGAUCGCGACGACACUCGGUGGAUUUCAGGAGCAGAUUUGAAAGCAUCCGCACCGCUGAUCUACGCGCAUUAUGAGAAGCAAAGGUUAGCUCAGGAAGCUUCACGACCAGCCCCUCCCACCCGGACUGUGGUCCCUCCCUCAGAUAGACAGCUUCGCCCUCGCAGACUGGACAUUUGGGAUUCAGACAUUUUGACGAGGGACUAUUUGGGCCUGUGCCGAAGACUUGGUGACAACUUCUUCAAGUCAGCGACAUACACAAUCGAAGCUGUGGCAGUUCCCAUUAAUGCAGAUGGCAAAGAAAAGCUGAAAGAAGUGGAGGCAGAAAUUUUGAAGAAACGAGACGAGCUGAAGGCUUUUGAAAGUGAAUACAAAGAGGCUGUUACAAAAUAUGCAGCAGCUCAGCUGAGAUAUGCAAAGGAGAAACAAGCGCUUGAUGAGUUGCUUUCAAGAAGGGAAAAGGUGUAUGAGCAGUUCUCAAGUUCCGUGGGCUUGACAGUAGGAGCAGGUAAUGGCGGGACCAGCCCAAGGGAAGGAACUGGCAGCGGCCCUACAUCUCCACAGGCUGAGCCAUCUGGGAAGGGCCACUGCAGUGGACACAGCACCAAGAAGAAGUGGUGGUCAGUACCUACCAAAUCCACUGGGAAGGGGGAGUGAAUGUCCUGCCUUUGAACAUGAUGUGAGGUGCUUGUAUGUUUGGCUCCGUGUGUGCAUCGCUGCAUGCAGCUUAGAGAAGAUGAACACUUGAAACCGAGCCAAGGUUGGGUAUGGAAGAAAGGGUUUGAGGAGAGGAGAUGGGACCAAAGGAGACGUGGUUUAUGUCUAGUAAUGAGACGGGAUGUGGUGUGCAGCAUUAGGGAAUUGGCAACGAGGAGGGUAGGGGAGGUUGAUUGCGUUCUGUGCCAGGAAACAUAUUUUUGCCAGAUCAUCAAAGUAUAGUAACCACUCUGCAUGUAAUGAAGGCAGCAGAAGGGCGGACCGAAUCGGUCAGCAUGUUGGUGUUCGGAUAUGCAUGUUUUAUGUGAAAGUUAAGGAUUGGCUCAAUGGAUACUAAAGGGAUGAUUGGUUGAGUCAACUUCAGAAAACCUGAUUGAGAUUCUGAUGGGUGUUAUGGGCAUAAGGAGUGUGUAAUUGAUUCCUCCUCUAGGCGAGGUCUGAGAAGUCAUCUUGUGUUCAUUGGGAUACUAUAUGAUAUAAUGCCUACAUGGAGGUUGGUUGCCUUCUGCGCCAUGAGAGAUACUUUUGCCAGAUCAUCCCAGAAGUAUAGUAACCACUCCGCAUGUAAUGGCUUCCGCAGAAGUCCGCAGACCAAAUUUGGACAGCGAGUUGAUGUUUGAUUUGCAUUCUUGUGUGAAAUUUAAGGAUUGGCUCAGCGGAUACUUGUCAUUGGGAGUUCAGAAUCCUCACGGAGCAAUUGGUUGAGUCACAACGAGCGCUGGCAUGGCAUGCAUGAUUGGAGGUUGUCCUCUAGUCGACAGUCCACAAAAUCACCUUGUGUCUAUUGGGAUCAUAUUGCGCAAGGAAGGCUCAUAGAUUACAGGAAUGUCGAACAAAUGCCAGAAAGAAUGAAGGGAAAGGUUUCCAUUGUUCCCGUUUUGUUUUGUGGAGAAGUAUGAAACUGGUGUGUAAGGCUGGUGUGUGGCAGAGUCACCUUCUGGGAUUCUGCAAGACCACCAGGCUGGGAUGUUCUUCAACUAUAAGUGUCUAUUGUUACAUGCCUAGAGGUUCCCAGGUGGUGUGGAAGUUUUCAGAACAGCAGAAUGGAGUAACAUGCAGGUAAAAUAUUUAUUGUAUAUAAAAUUAUAAAUUCAUGCAGAUGGAGGACGACAAGCUUGCUAUGCAUGGAUUGUGACUCGUAUCGCUCUGUCUCCUUACAGAACUGUUUUCCCUCCUCUCUCAUUGUCCCUAUGCUUCUUGCCUUUGUCCCAUCCGCAGCAGAGCUCCCCUCCCGUUUGUGCAUGUUCUUGCAGGCGGGAUUUGUUGGUGGGCUGGAAGGAGGGGGCAGUAAAACUGGGAAGUGAUGCGACAUGUGUCCACUGUGUCAAACAUUUACAUGCUCUAGUGUUUGUUUAUCACCGAACUCUCUGGAUUAAUGGGAAUGUCAUUUGAUGUGCUUCUUCCUAUUGCAGUGCGUAGCUUUGAAAAUGUUGUAUGUACCUCAUUCUAGGAUCUGUGUGUUCCCUUCCUAUUAUAUGAAGUGGGCUAAGACAAAACAAACAUCUUUGCUUCUUCUUUCUCUUCUGAUCUGCCUUCACCUUUAGUGGAAGAAAGACCUUUGUGGUGUGAUUCUUAGUAUACUGUUCGUUAUGUAGACGUUGUUUUCUUGGCCGAGAAGAAUGUAAAGUGCAUAUGGAUGGGGCAGGAGGUCUACACGGCUGGCAACAAGAUCUACCCGAUGCGGAGGGAAGGCGCAGCCAGCGACUAAUGGUGGGUGGUCCCGGGCAUCCUCUCCGACAUCAAGGGCUGAAAUGGAGCGCUGCUGCGGGGCAUGGAAAAGAUGAGGGUUGAUGGAAUCUUUAUUUGGUGAUUGCUAUCAUUGCUUCCUGCCUUUGAUUUAUAUGGCAUAAGCAGGGAAGGGAAGUUUGAGCGCUGCAGUGAGAUCCACCUAAUGAUGGGCCAAUGGAAGUGAACUAGUGCCACAGUGCAGUGCUUCUGAUCGUAAGGGUGCAGUACCAUUGCAGGACAGAGAUGGAAGCCUGAGGGGAUUAACAUGGAGCCUAACAACAAAAGGAGGUGAAAGUGUGCCAGGAUCUGUCUAGGCGUAGAGGUCCUGUAACUCGAAGAAGUAUUGGAUCAUUAUGGGAACAAAUGGGGUACAAUCAUAUAGGUGUAAGUGGGCAAAAAUUUUGCCCUGUGCUUCUUCUAAAUGAGGCCGUAUCAUGUACUGCAACCAACCUUCACAACACCGUUAAGCGAAGUAGCAGAGACGCUGCAAGGCUGGAUUAGUUCUCUACAGAUGGAGGUGUAAUAUGUAUUGCUGGGACGCAAGAUUGCAUCAUCUGUACGUUGUUGUAAGUUGGUUUCUCUCGACCUCUGCUCAACACUCUCCCACUUUUUUCUUUUCUGUAUAUUAAUCAUUUGGAUUACUUGCCAUACUUGGACAAUUUUCCGAUUUAUCCGUGUUGUCCCUAUGAAGGGGCUAUGCUAAUCUUUCUCUAUCACUCCAAUUUUGAUGGAUGUCCUGAAUCUUCUUGUUUACUUUUGUUUUUGGACUAUUCCUCGAUUGAAGUGUGUUAUAUUUGCGUAGGGGCGAUGCUACUGUACUCUGUACCGUCCCAGUUUCAACGAAUGUGUCGAAGGACCAGUUUUCCACUGUUGAUCUAAUGUACACUAUUUAGCCAUCUUUCAGUGUCAAUCAGCUUCUUUUGCACAAUAGUGCAAUUGYGUGUUGCUAUUUCUGCAAUGAUCCCGACAGUCGUGAGAACCUUCAACAGCACGGAACAUGCAAGAAUUCU